CCAGAACAGAACCAGGCCGCCUUGUUUCCGCAGAGAAUCGUUUAAAUAAAUAAACGGAAUUUAAAUAAAUUCAGUGGAAAACUGGAACCAGGGGUCAAAUGUUACUAUGAGAGGUCAGAGGUCAUGUCUCCACCUCCUCAGUGAACUGGCCCUGUGGGAAGUAGAACUCCUGGUUCUGGUUCUGGUCUGACCACCCUGCUGCUGACUGAGCCAUGGUUCCAACACCUGAAGCCGGUAGAACCGGGUCAGAACCGGGUCAGAACCGGAACUUACGUGGGGACCAGUUUGUCACGAAAUGGAACGUCUGGAACAUUCGGCUACUGGAUCUAAACCGGAUCAGAACCGGAUCUGAACUACGAUCAUCAAACAGCUCAGUGACUGUUAUCGAUUGGCCAGCGGUUGCCAUGGCAGCGGGCGCCAUUUCAGCUCCUCUCAUCAUCCCGAUCAGCGAGGGCGUGACCCGCAAACCCAAGACCCGCAUCGACACCAGGACGCCCGUGUGCAUCCAGUCAGACUCUCCAGGUGUGCUGAUCUUCUUCUCUCUGGAUGGUUCGAAGCCGGUUGCCGGGCAGCGGGGGUCAGAGGUCGGCAGCAGGAAGUACGCAGGUCCCAUCCUGCUUCCUGCGGGCCGGGUGUCUGUCAGAGCCGUGGCUGUCACCAGGGACGGGAGGCGCAGCUCCGUGGUCACCAAGGUGUUCUCUGUGGGUCAGGUGGAACCAGACCAGCAGGUCCAGUCUGAAGGAGGCUACGAUUCUGAUGAGCGGUCCGGUUCUGAUCCAACACCUGCAGGAACACCUGGACGCUCUGAGUGGAUUGAAGUCACCUGCAGUCCGGCUUCAGAACCGGGCCGGACCAUGUCCAGUCCUCCGCCGGUCCCCCUGCCCUCCAGAUGCUCCAGAGGUGCCGGGAUCCCAGAUCCUGAUGCUGCCUGGACCAGCUCUUCCCGACGCUCCCACUCUGCGGUAAACAGGCUAACAGAGAGAUCCGGCAGGAAGUUCCAGACAUGGCCAGAGUAUUACGGUGAUCCACUUCUUGUCUGCCAGGAUUCUCACCAUCCAAUGCCGCUGAGCAGCAAACUGCAAACCCAAUGGCUGAGAGACGUCACCACGCCGUGGUGUCCUCGCUGCCUCUGCGUCUGCCCUUCAGACCCGUUUGCUCGGUUCUGUCCUCAGUGUGGCGCUGUUAUUCCUCCAGUUCCGGCACUCAGGCCGCCCCCUGCUGGGAGAGGACAGCUGCUGCCGUGUCCUUCCUGUCGCUGCCUGGUUCCCAUCAACUCUCAGACCUGUUGGACCUGCGAGGCGUCCACAGAUGGGUCCCGGGCCAGCUUCUCCCUGCAGGUCGAUCAGGGUGGAGGCAGCGCCCCCUCUAGUGGGCCGGUGGACGGCAGCAUGUGGUCCUGCUCCAGCUGUCGCCAUCUGAACCGCCAUGAUGCCAGAUUCUGCGACCGUUGUGGCACCAAGGCUGGCCACGCCCCCUGCUGGGUGACGUGUUGGCGGUGUGGAGAAAGCGCACCGCUGGACGCCCCCCACUGUGCGGCGUGCGGCGUGUUCCUCCUGGCACUGGCCCCGCCCACACCCUGCAAUGACAUCACACCGCCUGAAGAGGACGCCGCCCACAGCCAGGCCCCGCCCCCUUGUGACUCUGCCUGGAAGGCUCCGCCCCCACAGAGCCCCGCCUCCAGAAGGGGCGUAGCUCCUCCCCCUGUGAAUCGGUCCACGCAGACCGUCGGACUCUAUUACCCAUCAGCCAUUGAGCUGCAGCAGCAGGACCAGCAGAGGGCGAUGUGGCGCCGGCGGGAGGCGGCGAGGAGCGACCGCCGGCCGCCGCUCAGCGCCGUCAGCCCCGGCAGAGGUUACUGGAGGAACCAACUGGACCAUGUCUGUGCUCACCUGAGGAGCUACACCCAGAACCAGGCCUCCUUCAGAACCCUGCUAGCAGAACCUCGACUGGGCCGGAUGGUGUCGGCGCUGGUCCAGCAGAACCAGGAUGAAGUGGUUCUGAUGUUGAGCUUCUCGCUGGCCGCUGAUCAGAACCUGCAGCAGGUCGGACCUGACAGCGACCCUGACGGCCCGGCAGGAAGUUCAGGUCAGGAAUCAGGUCGGGUCCAGACGCUGAGCAGUGUCACACAGCAAGCUACAGACAGAGCCGGAAGUCGAGGGCUGAAGCAGGAUGCCGACCCAGAACCUAAGCUGUUGGAUGAAGAACUCUGCAGUUCUGGGUUCUGAUUGGCCAGAUAUCGCCGAGUUCCUGCUCAGGUACAGGACUAGCGGGUCUGUGGGUCAGACGCUGCCAACUUGGCCGGUCCCAGUAGAACCAGAACCUUCCCCCGGCCGGUCCAGAACGCUACAUGCCUUCAGAGCUUCAGACGCCCUGGUUCUGGUUCCGACCCAUUCCUGUGACGAACUGAGGCGGCCAUCUUGGAUUCCUGGCAUGAAGAAGCGGUGUGAUGGUUGCUAUGGUGACGCCCGCCCUCUGCGGCCACAACAGAUCGGACCGAUCAGGACCUGCAGAUCAAAUAUGAUGGAAUAUUUGUGGGGUUGACCUCUGACCCCAGCCAGGUCGUUUCUUCCAGUUUAUGGAAAUAAAACCCAACAUUGAUUUA